AUGACCGGCAAUAUCUCGCUACUUGCUAGCGUCAAAGACACUUCGCCGUGUACGAUUGGAUUUGCAGAUGGGAGUACGACAGUGUCGACUCAGACAGGAGUGUUGCCAUUGACGGAUCGUAUAGCAUUACCGGAUGUGCUUUAUGUUCCAAAUCUGAAUUGCUCUUUGAUAUCGGUUUCAAAAAUUUUGAAAUUUUCAUAUUGCUUUGCGGUUUUCACUGACAUAGUUUGUGUGUUACAGGAUCGUUCUACGAGGAUUCUGAUUGGAACCGGUGAGGAAUGUGAUGGUGUGUAUUACUUUAAGGAUGUGAUAGCUUCUCGUGUGCACAAGACGGAUGUCAAGGUUGAUCAAGAGUUGUGGCACAGGCGGUUAGGACACCCGGCGUUUUUCGUGUUUUCAUAUUUACCUGAGCUUUCUGGUGUUGAUGUUUCUAUUUCUGCUAGUCCAAGUCUGUGUGACACAUGUUUUAGGGCGAAGCAAACAAGAGUUGUUUUUCCUGAUAGUAUUAAUAAAACUUCAGAGUAUUUUGCUUUAAUUCAGGUGGAUGUUUGGGGACCUUACCGCUUACCCGCUUCGUGUGGAGCUGUGUACUUCUUGACAAUUGUGGAUGAUUAUUCACGAUCGGUUUGGACACACUUGAUGUUGGAGAGUCUCAAGUUCGAGUUAUUUUGCAAAAUUUCUAUGCCUACACCGAGAAGCUGUUUGACGAGUUGUGUGGGGAUACCACAGCAAAACGGUCGAGUAGAAAGAAAACAUCGGCAUAUUCUCAAUGUAGCUCGUUCCUUGUUGUUCCAAGCGAUUAACAUAUUGCCGAGUGCUUCUGCUGAGGAGGGAGACAACACUGAUUCAGACGACAGGGGGAGUAGUUGUGAAGCCAGUUCCUCUUCCCCUGUGCCUCCUGUGACUCCUUCUUCGCAUCAUGAAUCUCUGACUGAACUAGAUUCGGCGAUUAUAGAAGUUGGACCUGAGUUACCUUUGGCUGUUCCAACACCACCAGUAGUGGGAGAGUUAGGUAAAGGUCAUAGAGAGAAGACACAGUCUGUCAAGCUACAUGACUAUGUUACUUACAAUGCAGCUCGACAAAGUAAUACACAUCUCGUUCUCUCUGAUCCAAUCACAGCAACCUCGUAUGCGAUCCAAGAUAACUCACUGUAUCCCCUGGUUGAUUAUAUUUCUGAUUCUCAUUUCUCAACCUCGCACAAGGCGUUUCUUGCUGCUGUUACCGCAUGA